AUGAUUAUUCAAUGGCAAGUCUUGCUUGCUAUCUGGAGUUUAAUAUUAAUUAAAGUCUCAUUGGCGGAACAUGCAUUAAGGGACUCUCGUGAGUUAUGGGAGCCCAAUCACAGUACCUCUUACAUAGAAGCAGAUGCCGAUUCAAAUAGCAUAAGUCCAAGUGAAGAAAAGAGACGGUUUCAGCGCUCAUUUUUAAAGAAAUUCUGGAAGAACAGCGGUUUGCAAGAUCUUUUCGGUGACGAAGGAUGCGUUAGCUGCUGUAAAAAUGAAGACUAUCAAGCUGGCGAGGGCGAUACUUAUCAGACACCACCUGCCGCAGCUAACAUGCCUUACUUACCGUUGACACCACCAUUAGCACCAUUGCCACGAUUUGAUCCGCUACGUCUUUUCCAACCAUUUUUUAGACCCGUCAAUGGUAAUGAACAGAAUAAUAAUGGCUAUUCAAACAACUAUGAUAGUAGUGGCACAAAUUCCAAUGUAAAUGAUGGUGUAAAACCUAAUUGUUAUGAAAGUGGAAACAGCAAUAACGAUGCCAAUCCCAAUAAGAAUCUUAAUGACGGUAAAACUGAUGUUACUUAUGAAAAGCCAAAUGUGGACUACAGUGAGGAUGGAUACGUUAAACCAGAGUUAGGCCCGAAAAGUCAUCUAGCCACUGUCGUAUAUCAGCCAAUUAUUUAUGUUUCGCCGCAAUAUACACCAGCUCCUACAAAUAAUGGCCGUGGGGAUGCUUCAACGUAUCCUGGUGAAUCACCAUAUAAUUCACAACCAUCACCAUCAGCUGCAAUAACAACACAGCCUUGCAGGUGCUACGGAGAAUCUGACAUUAACCCAACGAACGGAGUUCAUCCGCCCAAAAUGCCAAAUCCCAUCAUUUUGACUGCAGCAGAUCAGCCAUAUCGCAAUUGUCCUGAACUUUUUACCGAAUAUUGCAACAAGAUAAAUUAUUUAUACUAA